CCUCUUAUCUAAAACCUUAUAGGGUUUCCUGCCUGAACAGGGGAUUGAACUAGAAGACCUCCAAGGUCCCUUCCAACUCUGUUAUUCUGCUAACCAGAAUCUGCCUUUGGUGAGGACAAAGGGAAGGAAACAGAGGCUGAGUUGUGAGUGGCAGGCUGGUUGUGUAAACAAGUCUUCCUUCUACCUUCUGCAGUUGCAGGAGGAUGGGGGGCAUGAAGGGGAGGGAGAAAGGGGCGUCUCUCUCACAUUUCAGGAAAGUGUUGAUAUCCCAAGUAAGGCGCUCCAAUUAACUCUGAUUAAAGGAGCUGCUAGCAGACUCUGUCUCUUGACUUGGCUGCAGAACAACUAUUUUGGAGGAGGAAAAAGGUGUGACUGUUCUGCCUAAAGAGCCUGCUAAGAGAAUAAGAAGUUUGUUACACAUGAAAUGUGUGCCAAGGUGCCAUUUCCUCAACGGGGUUUCUCACAGGCUGGAUGCCAACCGGGUUGGCUCAGCUUCCAGGAGGCUGAGAAGGCUCUUCUUCUAUAUCCCAGGUUGCUCAGGAAUCUGAGCUCAGAAAACACGAAGGACACCACCUCCUCCUCCUCCUCCUCCUCCACUUCUAGCAUUGAUGAUGUUACCUAGUUAGGUAAUGAAACAUCUGCGAGAAAAGCACCAAGCUCAGAGAACACCAAGGACCCCAGUGGAAAUCUUUAUCUCAGAGGGCCCCUCAGUUUCCUCCCACCAAGAAUUUAGAGCUGGUCACAGCACUCCGGACAGUCAAUGUCUUUCCUGCUUUCCUAAAAGCCACCAGUAAGUGUGCGUGAAAGGCAACCCCAUGGCCUUGAAAAAUCUUGGCUCUCCAGAGCGAGCAGAGCUGCCUGCUGCCAAGGAUAGAGUGGGGAGAUCUACCUGGCAGGAGUCCUCCCUGUGGCCUUCAUCAAGGGGUCACCCUGACAUGCCCCACAACCUUUGGGGGAACACAAGAUAAGCCUGUGGACACAACCAGGAAUUCUGGGAUUUGGCACAGCAGGUUGAGGACAGCAGACUCAGCAGGUCUGGCCUUGGCCUUGAAGGCCGGGAGGUAUAUAUUGCAGGCUCCACCACAAAGGCUCGACCAGAAGGACUUCAACCAUGAAGGGCCACCUGGUCUGUUUCCUGCUCCUGGCAGUUACUUUUGCUAGGGCAACUGAAAGGGAGGAUGAUGACGUUCAUCUCCAUGUAAAGGUACAGCAAGUGGAGCAACAGACCCCAGAACCACCAACAAAUGACCCUUCUGGGCAGAAGCAACCGGGGAAAACUGGUCCUCCCGAAUAUGGCCAGUGCCCACCUACGAUUCUAAUUGUUCCAACCGAGGUCUACUGCCCGGCAAAUGGACCCUGCCCAGGGGAUGAAAAAUGCUGCCAAUUUGGGAAUGUAAGGAAAUGCGUCUUCCCAAAAGGAGUCCAUCAUGGGUACUGCCCCAGGCCGCAAGAUCAGGCCAUCUAUAGGAGGCCCUGUGAAGCAGACCACCAGUGCAGAUGGCAUGAGAAAUGCUGCAUGUCGGAUAGUCGGAAGAAGUGCGUUCCGGCUGUGCCAGCUACCCCUGGCCUUUGCCCCAAGAGGCGUCUCCACUCCACCCCCUGCAAGAACAAGUGCCAGGAUGACCGCUCCUGCACCGCUGGGAAGAAGUGCUGCUUCUUCGAGUGUGGGCUGCAGUGUGUGGACCCUGAAGGUCAGGACCAACAAGAAGGUCAGGACCAGGAAGAAGGUCAGGACCAGGACCAGAACCAGAACCAGGAUCAGAAGACAGGGAAAGAUGGAGGAGACACGAAGGUUCCCAAGGACAAGUGUCGCACAGACCGAGAUUGUCCCCACCGGAAGAAGUGCUGCGAAGGAACCUGCAGGCGGGAAUGCCAGACACACGAUAUCUGCCAGCUGCCGAAGGAGAUAGGCCCUUGCAGGGCGUCUGAGCCUCGCUGGUUCUACGACAAGGACACGGGCACAUGCAGAUCUUUCCAUUAUGGAGGCUGCGAGGGGAACGCCAACCGUUUCUUGACUCAGGAAGAAUGUGAGCGCCGCUGUGUCCAUCCAGAUACCAUCAAGCCUGGCACGUGUCCCACCCCACCUGCUGAUGAGGAUGCUCCUUGUGGCAAAUUCUGCUCCAGCGAUGCCAGCUGCCCGGGCCAAGAGCGCUGCUGUUCCACUGCCUGUGGGGGGAAGAGAUGUACAAUCCCGCAAGAAAAUCUCCCAGGAUACUGCCCACAGCAACUCCUCCCGCCCCGCACGGGGGAUGUUUGCUUCCCCAACUGCACCAACGACCGGGACUGUAGCCUCCUGGGCAUUGAUCUUCCUCGGAAGAAGUGCUGCAACUUUGGUGGCAGGAAGAUAUGCGUGGAUGGUGUGGAAGAACACCCCGGCGUGUGUCCCAGGAGGGUCGAAGUAAAGACCUUGGUUCCCUGCAAGAACACCUGCAAUGAUGACCAUGACUGCCUCCUGACCGAGAAGUGCUGCUUCAAUGGCUGCAGCCGAGGCUGCCUGCCCUCAGGUGUGUCCAGGCCUCCUUCCACCACCUGCUUCCUUCACCCUCCGCCUGAGCACCGGGCAGCAGGGAGAGCCCUGAGCCAGAACCCACACAAACUCCCUUUUCUCACUCUCUUGCAGUCCGCAGUGACCAGUGCCAGUUACCUCCACAACAGGGCAGCUGCAAACAGGAAUUGCUGCGCUACUCCUAUGAUCCAGACAAGAAGAAGUGUGUCUCGUUUCGGAGCUGUGGGGACAAUCCCAACAGCUUUAAGACCAAGGAGCUGUGUGAAAAGGCCUGUGGGAAAAUCAGCAAAGAGGUUUGCAAACUCCCAGCACGUGCAGGUCGUUGUCAGGCACAUGCACCACACUAUUAUUACAACUGGGACACCAAACAGUGUGAAACAUUUGUUUAUGGAUUGUGUGAUGGCAACGACAAUCGCUUCUCCACAAAGCUGGAAUGUGAAAUGGUCUGUGGUGAACUUGACCAUCAGCAACAGCAACAGCAACAGCCCAAAGAAUGAGGAAUCGUUCUUCAACAUCCUCUUCAACAUCCCUGCAUGGAAGCGUGACCUUGGGAGCAGGCACCACCCCCACGGCUGCCACGGCCACCACCACGGCUGCGAUCCUGUUUGUGAUUCCUCUGCCUUCUCAAGAAAUAAAGACAUGACUUUCCCUGCAUACUCUGAGUGUGGUUCUUGCGUGGGAGAUCAACACCCAAGUCUAGUGUGGACUCUGUGGGAAACAAAGGUCAACCACCCUUUGGUUGCCUAGGAGACUUGAGGGACCAUCUCAUCCCGGUCCACUGGUGCUGGCAGAGGAGGGAUGCUCUGGGCCCCAUCAGCCACUGUUCCAGUUGGGGGGAGGGGUCCAGGAGAAGAGCCUUCUCUGCCGUUGCACCUGCCUUCUGGAACAGGGUCUCCAACCUUGGCAACUUCAAGACCUGUGGACUUCAACUCCCAGAAUUCCUCAGAUGAACUCUGGGAGUUGAACUCUACAGGUCUUAAAGUUGUCAAGGUUGGAGACCCCUGCUCUGGAACAUCUUGCACCCCCACAAGUAAGGUCAUCUCCAACCACCCUGACAUUUCCUAAGAGCCUAAAGAUAUGGCUCUUCCAAUUGGCCUGAGGCUGCAAUGGAGGGCUUUCACAUGGGGGAGGGGGUAGUUGAUAGAUUUACUAGAAACCCCAUCUCCCUCCCCCUCAUUCCACUCCCACUUUCUCCCUCUUUUAAUUGAGGUGUAGUAUUUGGAUAUUCACAAUAUUUUAUUUGUGUCUUUUUGCUUUUCGCUUUUUAAGAUGGUAAGCCAGCCAGAGUUACCCUGUGAUAAGAUGGGCAAAUUAAAUUUUGGCAAAUAAAUAAACAAACUCAGGACUUCCAGUGUUCUUGUCUGGAGCCAUGUAGCCGUCUAUAUUAGCCAUGUAAACACACUAAAAUAAGCAUCCCUAACUAUAAACAUUGCACCAGGAAGAGAGUUUCCCCCUGCUUACUUCCUCCUCCUCCUGGGGCCACUGGAGCAAGACUUUAAUCAAAAGAUGUAGAUCUCUUCACCUCAUGGAACUGCAGCAACGUGAAAGAAGCAGAAUAACAGCUGGAAGGGACCUUGGAGGUCUUGUAGUCCAGCCCCCUGCUCAGACACAUGGUUAUCCUAUCUCUUUUUUAAAAAAAACCAGUGUUGGAGUACCCACAACUUCUGGAGGCAACUUCUGUUCCACUGAUUGCUCUGACUUCUAGAUUGGUUCUCCAUCCGUUGCUUCUUCUCCUGCCUUUGGGUGCAUUAGGAGAGAGCAACUGCCAUGUACCAGAAUGCAAGCCCCAUUUCUACUGAAUUUUCACCUCCUUUUGCCACUUACCAAUAUGAUGGGUUA